UUAAAGAAGUGUGCUUUUGUUUGGUACAAUGGAGGAAACAAAGGACAAAAACCUAAGAAAAAGAAACAUGACUUGUCAAUGACCAAAAGCAAAAGCCAUUCCAAACCUUAACUCCUUCUUAUCAGUUUCUCAGUUUUUCACACACAUUCAAAUGCCAAACCCGCCACCCUUUUAUCUCAUAAAUCCAAACAAAUUAAAAAUUUCAAAUCUUUUUUUUUUUCACUUUGGAAAGUUUGAGAAUCUAAAAACACAUAGAACCCUUCUCUUUUUUGCUUUUUCACCCUUUCCUUUUAUCUCUUCGGCUCUGAUCUUUCUUUCUUGUUUACCACUAAAUCAUUUAUACUGACUAUGAAGAACUUGACAUCAUCUCAUUCAACAUUUUCUUCUCCAUCAUCAUCAUCAUCACCCUCAUCAUUAUCAACACUACUGAGUGUUGAACCAACAUUUUGCAACCCAGAGAGUGCAACUUCAGGUUGCAUCAGUGCCAUAUUUCGAAGGAUUCUAUGCUCUCGUGCCCUUCCAACUCACGCUUCACGCCAUAUCAGACACCUUCAUUCAAUGAUGGGGAGUGACAAAGACGAAGAAUUGAAGGCUAAGCAUAAGAAGAAGGAAGCUGCAUUUUGUGAAGCUGGGGUAGUGGCAAAGUUAAUGGGAUUGGAAACUGCCAUGGAAGGUUCAGUUUCAUCAUCAAUGGAGUGCUUCUUGGGAGAUCAUCAGGGUGUGGAUAGGAGUGUAAAAGGUUCCUCAUCAUCUUCUUCGUUUCAUGGGGUGCCAACAACUUUCCAUUUGCAUGAAAAUGAGGACUUCUUGGUUUUCAGCUUCGGUUCCAACUACUCCAAAGGCAAGAAGAAGAAGAAGAAGAGAAACAAGAGUGUGUGUGAUAUGUGUGAUGUUUCUCCCAUCAAUGUUGGUGAACUUGAAGAAGAGAUUGUGAAGAGGAAGAAAAGAAAUGAUAAUGCAUGUUUGGCAAAGAACAAAGUUGCAAAUGAGUGCAGCUCAGAAGAUUCAAGCCCAGUUUCUGUCUUUGAUUUUCACCGCCAACUUCUUCAAACAGAUAAUGCAGAUUCAUUAGGAGUUGAUUUGAAUUGGAGAAGGAAAUUGACACCAGAGCUUGAAAAUGAAAAGCAGCAUGUUCUGCAUUCUGAUAGUGACAUUUUGUUGCUACUUGAAGAGGAAAAGCUUAAUUUGGCAACUGAGAACAACAAACAUAAAAUGAAGCAAAGGCAUAAUAAUGAUUAUGAAGAUGUAUGGGGUCAAAUUUGCAAGCUAGUUGAACAUGAUUUGUUUGGAUCAAAUCAGAUUGAGGCUGAAAGAACGAGAAAACAAGGUGAAAUUGAAAACAUAACUGCAGAUUUUGAGUCUCAAAUUUUUUGUCACUUGUUAAAUGAGCUGAUAGAUCAACUUGUUAUUAGUUCCUAGUGUUAGUGAGAAAACUGCAAGUUUAAUUAGAAUCUUUAUGUAA